UUGGAAAUUGUUGGAAAUGGUAAAUGUCGCUCGCUGGCUGAGAGUGUGUUGGUGGUCGGUGAAGUACUGUUUAUUAUCCGUUAUUUUCCCGUGAUAAAUCACUAAAUCAUUGGUGAUUCUACUUUGUGCUGGAUCACAAAAAGUAGAACAAUCCCCCGAUUUCAGUUCUCCCGGCAGUGUUCCAAGUGCCGCAAAGAAGCUGUGUGUUUACCUGUGCCGUUGCGCAAAAUAUGCAAUAGUUUACUCAUCCGUGUACUUCACGGAGAUUAAUAGCGAUGACCGGUGUCCAGUACUUGGAUGUGCUUCGCGUUUAGGGCAGUACCAAACGCGCAGACAGCCUGUGGUUUGUUGCGCGUAAUCUAGUUGGGAAGGCAGAGAGAAUGUGGACUAGAUCUUAAGAUAGAAAAGGGUUUAAAUAUUGAAAUUUUAGAAGCUAGUGUCGCCAUUUUAGUGUAUAUAAUAUAUAGAAUCGCGUACUCGUCGUGCCUGCAAAGAAAUGUGCGAUCCUUCGAGGUGGACCACUCCCUAGUUUCGAUUUCCGGUGGUGUUGUGCUUGGUUGUGGUGGAAGUGUAAGCUGGAACGUUGGAUCGCAGAGAGCCGCCUCCUGGCUGCUGCACCCUGAGACUGGUUCAGAGAAUGGGUGCCUUGAUAAGCAGCUUUUUUCAGACAGGAGGCCACCUACUGUCAUCGAGCGUGUCUGAUAAUACGCGCAGGCUUGUGCUGGCGCUACUCGAAGAGAUGCGCAGCAAGGAAGCAACACACAUUCACUGGUCAGCCAUCGAAAGUUACCUAGUGCAAAUACCAAAAGGGGAAAAUAUUCUCUCUGUGGUGGGUCCUGACAAUUACAACCUCCUGCAGAGGGCUAUCAGCUUCAACUGCGUAGAGUUGGUACGAUGGGUUCUCAGUCGAGGUUGCGACGUCAACCGGGGCGUCUGCAGUCUCCCUCUCCACAUUGCCGCCUUGCAAGGAAACGAAGAAAUCGUGGAACUGCUGCUCAAGCACGGGGCUAGGGUUGACUCGGAAGCGCGCAUGUGUUUUCCAGGACCACACAACCAGGUUUGCGAACUCUGCAGCUAUGUCGGAGCAAGCGCUUCCACGGACCGAUAUUCCGAACGGCUCCAAUCCGCCGAGUACUACGCUAUCGACGGCGACCACGCCAACAUUCUCGAACUCCUCCUAGCGCAAGGCGAGGACAGCUGGUUACCCUGGCAACAGAAGCGCCCUCUACUCCACCUCGCCUGCGAGCGCGGCGCCUGGAACUGCGUUCGCUUUCUCGUCGCGGAACGAUCGGAAGAGCUCAACCAAUGUUAUGACGAGUACUACCCCAUACACCAGGCGGCGCUGCAGGACAAGAAGUUCCUGGAACUCCUAAUUCAAUGUGGUGCAGAGGUGACGGCACGCACGACGACCCAACAGCUGACUGUGUUGCACGUCGUCCUUCUCCUUAGCAAGAAGUCUGCGGAUGAAACUCUUUCUGUUCUCCGUGUGCUUCAAGAACAUGGAUGCCGCGACCUCAUCAACGAGCCUGACAGCUUGGGCAACACGCCAUUACACGUCCUCAUCGUCCGCUACAUGAUCGAAGAGUCCCGCUACGGUUACCAGGAUCCAAGGCCGUGGACGAAAUGGGACAUGUUGCACCUGGUGCGGUACCUACUUCAAAACGGGGCGGGCCCCAGCAUAAAUAGGCAAGGCAAUAGUGCGUUGGCAUGCGUGUUGAGGCACGUCAGGGACUGGGAGUUCCGUUACGAGCUGUUGGACAUGUUGCUCCAAAGCGGUGGAGAUCCAAACUGUGUGGGGAGAGACGGUUCUGCGCCGUUGAUGGUGUGUUUGGUGCCGCUGAUCAACAAGGAUCCCCUGCAUUGUCUGUCGCAUACUAAGAAGGUGUUCUACCUCAAUUCAGUCCGUCUCCUGUGCCGGCACGGUGCCAACCCCAAUUGCCGCUCCAGGAGCAACCUGACACCGUUGCACGUGCUCGUGUUUACCGCCAGCGAGUACAUUACACUGAACCGUGAGAAUGACAAAGAGAGCGCGUUUGCGUUCAUUAGCCAGCUGCUGACAAUCCUGCUGCAGCACGGACUGGACCCCAACGCCCACCUCUCGCAGCGUACCCAGCACAUCCUCCUCGCGCUGCUAGAUUUGGUCCAGAAUGCCAGGCAGCCGACAGAUCUGGACUAUGUGUGUGCGCUCACACUAGCUCUGCUGGUUCAUGGAGCAGACCCAAAUGUCCAAAUCAGCUCAUCCGAGCCCAUCAUCUGCCAUUCGCAGAGUUCCGUCUUUCUGAAGAAAGCGUCCAACCAGGUGCUGUGCUACUUCAUCCAGCUGGUGAACACCAAGACAGAACUACUGGCCGACAGGGAGGAACGCUUUGCCCGCUUCAUCCGACUAUACUACAACACCAUGGAGCACCGUAUCCUGUAUGGUUGCCUCAAGGGGGCGCUGGCCAAUGUGGCCAUGGUGCCUCUCCACACCAAGGUUGCCAGAGUGUUGCGCAACUUGUACUCUCAACCGCGAUCCCUGAAGCAGAUCGCGCGCGUUGGCAUCUACAAGGCGCUGGGACGCCGAGUGGCAGUGACUGUGAACAAGUUGAACCUACCGGGACCCCUAAAGGAAUAUCUUCUAUUUGAGUGGACUCCUUAAAAGGCUCUUAAUAUUUUGUGAGUCUUGGAACGACGUCACAAAUUGUGUCCUCAGAUAUUAGCUGUCUCGGAUUCGUCGAAAAGUGCAAGACAGGUGCUGCCUACGUGAAAGGUGGAUAGAGAGAUUCCUCUGCGUCGUCUUAUUGACUCGAAGAGAGGAACUGGCAUAUCUCCACAAAACUGAUUGAUGAUAAAACAUUGCUGGCAAGCAUCACAUUGCGCAGCUACCCUACUUAAGUCGUCCGAUUUACGGUGCACGGAACACCGCGUGGACUUCGGGGAGAGGUGCUGCACUUUUAUGAACUUCUACUGCAGUCCCCAGCACCUUCACCAGUCGAAUGGUUGAGUGUAGUGCAAAGGCUGCACCUGCGCAGUCUGCACUAGUUCGCAAAGUGCGACUCAAUCAAAGACAGCUACUGUCUGAAAGGUCAUAGAGAUACUUGUGAGGUUUGAGUGUGACUUGUGUCCUGAUUCCCAAAGACGUUGGAACAAUGCAUUUGGUACACAUACAGGCUUUCUAGUGGCACGUGUUACUGUGUCAACAGUCUUCUUCCGAUACAUCGGGGUGUGAUUGCACUCCCAGUUGCGCAUUAUAUAAUAUAAUAUGGUGGUAAGCUUCUGUUGAUUUGACUUUGAAGGGAUCGCAAAAUUUAUUUUAAACAUUGCUGGAAAGCUACGCAACUUCGGGUCAGUUUUAUUUGCUAAAGUAGCCAACAAUUGCGAGUUGUAGUACGCAUUCGAGCAUGUAUGUCGAGACACAGAAGAAUGCAGUGGCCACGCUUUCGUGCACGCACAUUCGUUGGAACACUUUUGCCACAGGAGAAGAGUGAGGGAAAUAAGUACCUUCUAUAUACAGAAAAAAUACUACUUGUAAGACACAUGCUACGUACAAUGCAUUAUGAUUCCAUACACGUUAAACGGCUUCAACAUACAGCAUUUCGUUGAUUAGGCAACGACUAGUCUUCCUUUGCGCGUAUAUCGGUAAUGGAAAUACCAUAUUUAUUCCGAUAAUUUGCGAUGCCCAGGGUAUCCAGCCCAGCACCUCUCAGCGACUAAGAUUGGUUUCUGCUUCCCACAUAGGUGACCCCCUUCACAAUAAUGUCAGUGCCACGCCGUUUUUUUCCCCCCCUCGUGAAGCAACUGUGGCUGGCAGCAGUGUGCAGAUGUGGGCAAGUGGAGAGAGGACAGCAGGAAGGGGAGAGGGAGACAAAGGGGGGAGGGAGAGGUUAGUAUGCAUCCUGGGCUGACUUCAGGGGGAACCGUGCCGACAUUAGUCUGGAGAGCCCGCUGGAAACACAACCGACAGCACCGUGCCACGUCCCAGUCUCGGCGUGGAAGGCAGUCAUCCCAACUGCUCCGCCACGUGAGCCGGUAUAACCUGAGCUUUAGCAGAUGCAGAGUGCUUUCCCCGCGCAAUUUAAAUGCCUCGGAGAAUCGAAAACAAAAAUGAGCUAACCAAAGUCAAAUUAAUGGAAGUUUACCCACUUUUUGUUUCUUCCUUGACACCGCGAGUAAGUUACCAUAAUUUUUGUCGCUGCUCGAAUUCUAGUCUUUCUCUUCGUUGCACGAAGUACAUAAAUUUUCUUUAUCUUGAAAGUGAUAAAAGAAUGUGGUACAAAUGCUUUUGUUCAAACUGUGGGCAAAUUUUUCUAUCGGAGUGUAUCGCUGUACGUCGGGAAUGCUUUCCGUCGGAAGAGAGUUUAUGGCGCGUGUCAAGAUCUCACAAUUUUUGUUCAUUUUGAGCUUUUUCAGUGUGCGUCGAACAAAUUUCUUAUAGUGUUACGUUUCCGAAAGAAAAGAAAAAAAGUCGCUAUAAUUUAUGUGACCAUAUUGCUCCGUCCCCAAGGCGGGACGUUUGUGUGGGUCUGCUUGUCAGUCAACAAAUCAAAUACAGUUUACUUCGCCUAUACCGAAUGCUGUUAUCUUUAAUCAAUUUCCCCUUUGUAUUUAAAAAAAAAAAUUUUUUUGCAUAUUACAUACUGGUUUGACACACACAUCAUAUACUUCGACCAGAAUGUAUGCUGUUUAGUGUGGCUCCAUACUUGUAUAAUCGGUGACAACAUAAGUCAUACACUUGACACCGCCCCCACACAAGAAUCGCUCCGCGCACUGGGGACUAGGGGGGGAGAGAGAGCCGGCACUACAUCACGAAGCGGAGGCAUCGUGCAAAGGUGGGUAGCCAAUCGCAGGAGCCUUCCACGGAUGAGUGGGCGGUCCCAAUUGUAGGACUUAAGUUGUCACUGACUGUAGGUAUGAACGGAAAAUCAUGGCCCAAAUCUGCUGAACUUGCACAUCCAUUUUGUCAUUAUAGGCGGUGGCGCAAAAAUUACUCGCGUAUUAAGACCGUGUUCCACCAGGGUAGCUCCAUGAAAGAUGUUCAUGUUCAGCUCCAUUAGCAAUGCGCACACAAGCAAUUUUUGCUUUCCACGAAGUAUUAACUAGUUGCUCAUUACCCAACAUCAUAAUUAGGGCCUGACUUUUUCGGGUUUUAUUUUUGGCCAAAUUCGGGGGGUAAAUAUCAGGCGAUAUUUUUCAUUGGAAAAUUCGGGUUAAAUCCCAUUACGGCAUAUUCUGUCGUCAGGAAUUCGGGUGUAUUCGGGUGAUUUUUUAUUGUUUAAUAAAAAUUUGUCUUAACGUGGAACUAAUGUUUAGCAAUGUUAUCAAACUUUAUUUUAAUGCACACUUAUGAGUGUGCCACGCGACCCGGAUGUUUUCGGGUAGAUUCGGGUUAAACCCAAAUUUUACAGAUUUCGUUCGGGGGGUAAAUAUCGGGCGGAUACGGGUUUAACCCUAAAAAGUCAGGCCCUAAUCAUAAUGUUCCAUUGGCUUGAUCGUGGCAAAAAUGCGAGCCAAGACAGAGACACCUAGAAGUCGAGAACCCUUUCGGGUUUCGUUACAGCAAAAAGGCGGGAUGAAACACCAUGCAGGACGCUGGGACAGCAGAACCGUGACCGCAGGGUCCUGUCUUGCCUAAAUCGGGAUGUCUGGUCGGAUCAGCUAUAAUACACGAGGAUGCGCAUUAUCUUUUUUUUUCUUCUUCUUCUUCUUAAGGAGCAUGACAUGCACCGCAAACACACAUUCAUUUAUCACGUAAUGUGAAUGUACCACCUUAGAGUGCUGUCACACAAAAUAUUUCCUUUGGGAAGUGCGCAUUUCCCGAGAAAAUAUUUGUAUAAGAGUGUGGCAGCGAUCUCUCCCAGCUACUCCUUGUGUAUUGCGACGUCGGAUCAUCGAGCACUUUUAUUGGCUGCGGAGAAUCGUCCGCUACUGUAAGGGAGGGAGGCAACUGGUCGAGUGCUCUGCUUCAGACGCCGCCAUAUACAAGUAUACGCCGCAUGUACGAAGAAACAUUUGCCCAGAAUUUUUAAACAAUGUAUCCAAGCACUGGGAAAAGAGACCGAUAUUCGAACCAUUGGAGUGAUCAGUUGCGUGCGGAUUUUUAAUGGCUCCGACUAGCCAACAAGAAUCUAGUCAACAGUACGGCUGAGCGCCAUCUUCCACUAAAGACGUACAUCCCUACGAAUAGGAAAACCUUGCGUAGAAAACACUUUUUUUGUGCUUACGAAUUUUACGACCACCUACGUUAAUGCCCCUGGUAGCUUCCAAACACAGCGGCCACCCAUUGGGCAAGAGUGUUUCAUGUGUGUGGCUCAAACAGAAAAAUCGUUGUAUAUAUGUGUGUUAUGGCGACACAUUUUUGCAGGUGGGUAUCGUUGACAUUUUUUAGCGCAUUUAUCGAUCGAAUGAAUGUGCACACCACAUACUACGUCUGCUUGCAGCUGAGGAGCACGUUGUUGUGUGCACCGAGGCUGACGCCUUCGAAGACACCGCUUCAUUUGUCGUCCACGCAAUGUUUAUUAUCCAAACUCACUUUAAAUUACAUUUUAUUUGUACAUCUUUUAGUACAAACAAGAAUGUGUGUGCCUGAUAUGCUUCCGCUUUAAAAUAAAGUCGCGAGAGAUUGUUGGAAACGAGAAAUAAAACUGCCGAAAUGUUU